AACACGCGAAGAUCACGUGGUAGAGCCCGGCGAGUGCCAUGAAGCGGGGCAUGAGGAAGCCAGGGUUGGGCUGGGUUGGGUUAGGUUGGGUUGGGAGCCUUCAUGAUGAGGCUAGGUAGUCCUCGCGUCGUCUUUUCCUCAGACGCGAAGACGGUGAUCACCUUAAAGCCACCAUCAUACAUCAUGGAUCCUUUAAGCAUAACUGCUAAUGUGAUUGCCAUUGCGACUCUGGCGUGGCAAAGCUGCAAGUCAGUGCACGGCCUCAUCGACGGCCUGGCGGAUGCACCGAGGGUUAUUGCCGACUCGAAGAGUGUUCUCUCAGAAACCCGAAACACCUUGAACAGUCUGAAGGGGAUGCUGGAAAUGCAUACUCAAGCUCCCAGUGUCCUUGGUCACGCUCUUCAGAAGAUCAAUCUCGACUUCGCUCUCCACUCGACCCAGCGUCUCUGCGAUGAAUUUGGCGACACCAUAGCGAGGUUCACCAGUCGCUCGACAGAUACGACAUUGGCGAAACGCGAUAGACUCGCGGUAAAUCUUCACGAAUCCAAGUUCAAUAAGUUCAACAGACAGCUGGGCGACUGUCAACAAACGAUAUCUCUGGCGCUGGCAUCCAUGAUUCUCAUCGUUUCCACUCGUAAUGCCGAGGACAUUAUACGGCUUGGAAAUCGUUUCGCAGUCCAGGAGACGUCUCUGGCUGGUCUGCAGAACCGUCUUCGCGAGAGCCAGGCAGCCAUGCAAGUAACGUCCGUCGGGGGAUCGACUGGCGAGGCAGAAGACGGUUCCGCAAGCCAGAGAGAUUCGAGCCUCCAGCUGACAGUCGGGCUUCAAAGAGUCUGUCAAGAGGCUCUCUCCGCUACCAGAGAAAGACGUACAGGGCAAAAAUUCGGCGACAUGCGGACGGAUGAGCAGUCUAUGGCAAUGCAAGGAAUAGCUGGAAGGGCGCAAACCAGAGUGGAGCAGGUAUUCGGGACGCUGACAACUACCGGGGGCAGUACGGCAUUCCAAGGCCAGAUUGAUGCCGCGUCUUUUGCCAUCAUGUUUAGGAAGGGGUAAUGACACAGCGUGUCGCUUCAGCCUGGCAGAGGGCUAUGCGUUGAAAUAAGAUUGUACAC